UCGCUAACGAAUUCGAUAGGUUUUUCUAUUAAAUUUUUCGUGCGUGGAGAUAUGGAUGUGUUAGGUAAAGUGGGGGUAGCUACAAAGAGAACGGACAAAUAAGUUUGUAUACGUACAGGUACGUUUUCGUUCACUCAAUUCAGUCUUGCGGUAAAAUUCAGGAAAUAUUUCGGCAAGCCCGCUAAUCUCUUUCUUACGUCAUUGCGUUCGCGGCAUUCUCCAACAUAUAACCUCGAGCCCAUAUAUCCAAUAUCCCGCGAUAAUUCUCCAAUUGCACAAAGAAAAUCAAUUGCAUUCGUUCAAUAAAUACAUGUUGUUAUUCCAUCAUUAAGAGGUUGAUCUUUAUUCACACAAGGAUUAUAUAGCUAUUUUAAUAGAAGGCAAAAAUUGUGGGCGAGAACUGAGAACUGGUGAAGACAUUCGACCAGCAUCUCUUUACAGGAAUCCAGCUAUGGCAUCGUCAGUGCAUGGAGUGGAGCAGUCUUCAGGAGUUUCUGGCGGAUCGACACCUAUUGAUCUCAUCAACAUGCUAGAUAAUGAUUGUCUGAAGAUAAUAUUCUUGAAUCUUCCUCCUGGAGACAAACUCAAUGUUGAAAAGGUCUGCAAGCGUUGGAGAGCUGUAUCCAAGAUUUCAUGGAGCAACGUGCAGCGCCUGAAUCUCACCAAAUCUACGAUAGGCGAAACUGAUUACGACCAAUUGCCAGAUAUCCACAAGAAUAUUCAAAGCAUGAUGAAAAUUCUAAGGAGGUGUGGACGUUACCUACGAGUUUUGAAACUUGGCAGACCUUGUCACUAUACAGUGAUUCCAUUCGCUCUUGAACACUGCGAGAAUUUAGUCACACUAAACAUCUCUCUUUACCCUGCCGAGUGUGAUAUGUCCAGUAUUUCAGAAAUUACAAGUCUAAAAAGCUUCAGUUUGGAACAAAUGACGAACAGAUCUGAUUCAGCCAUUUUUAGGGUCUUGCCUCGUGAAACAUUACGUGGAUUUCACCUACGGGCAAGUGAAUACGCAUACGAUAUUGAUACUGGUGAACGCCUAAACCUGCCUAACAAUUAUGAAAACUACCUUCGAAAUGUGAACAACUUGGUAUCCAUAAAACUACACCAUUUUCAUCUGGAUCAUGCCAUGGAAGAAAUCAUAAGUCGAAAUAUUAACCUCGACUUCCUUUCCCUCUCCAAUUGUAUGAUUAACGGACCAUUUUUUCUAACUGCUCUCCGAAAUUUGAAGAUCCUAGACCUUGAGAAUGUCUCCAGUAUCCACAACAUUUUCCUAGACCAGUUAUCAAGAACUUGCUAUAGGUUGACAAAUCUGAAUCUCAAAUACUGCCAUCGGGUCGACGAUUAUGGGGUCAUGUAUUUGUGGCAAUUACCUGAACUCGAGAUCCUUAAUCUGGAUCACAUGGGCCGUAUCACAGACGUUUCUCUUAUCGGAUUCUACAAUCUAAGACUAUUGAGUUGUCGGAAUUGUAGAGGCAUAAAGGAUGCUGAAGUCAUUACGCUCAUCAGAAUUGCUCAUAAUUUGAAGACUUUCGACUUGAGAGGGACCAGCAUUACUCACAAGGUGCUCAUCGAAGCGAAUGAAAUCACCAAGCGCAGAGUCGACGAUGUGCCACUUCGGAUCUAUGUUGACACUUCUGUGAUCGCUAAUUGGGUCGUGAAUAAGGACUCCCCUUUGCUGAUAGUCCAAAGUACAGAUGAUGUCGCCAAUCCACGUGGGUCUCGGGGAGAACGAGUUUGUGGUGAAGACGAUGUUCAGUAUGAAGCUGAUUAUCAGUUCCAGUACGAGUAUGGGUCGGAUUCCGAGCCCGACGAUUGCGGGGAUGAUGGCUCCGGACAUGCUACCACAACUGAGACUGGUACGUCUGAUUCAGAUCAGUGAUUCAAAACUGAAUCAAUAGAAUAGAUAAUGCAAUGAGAUGACAGAUAGAGCGGAUGAGGAACAAGAAAGUUUGCCCUACAGCAUCAUAAAGUUCUUUCUUUAAUAUUUCAUUGAGGGAAUUGUUCAAAGAAAAAAUUUUCAGUAGUAAUACCCCAAGAGCUUCAAAAUUAUCGGGUAUUUCCCGAUAGCUUCUUUGUAAACAACUGAGAGUGUCAAGUUUCGCAGGUUAAAAAAUCCCGAGCGCUUGCGCAAGGGACUUUUCUAA